AUGCCUAACAUCACCGACUCUAAGUGUGUUCUGGUUAUCGGCGCGACCUCUGGAAUUGGACGCGCUCUUGCACUCGCCAUUCAUGACCUGCCUUCCAAGCCUACUGUGAUCGCCGCGGGCAGACGGCAGGAGAGGCUCGACGAGCUCGCUAAAUCGAGCGACCGCCUCAAGCCCCUCAAGUUCGACGUGAACGGCGACCGCGAUGCGCUCAAGCGUUCAGUCGACGACGCCAUUGCCAAGUUCCCCAACCUUGAUGCUGUGCUAUUUGUCUCUGGCAUCCAGCACAUCUUCGACUUUAAGAAGCCAGAUGAAGUCGACCUUGACAAGCUCGAGACUGAACUGAACACCAACUACACUUCGAUCGUGCGAAUGACCAGGUUCUUCAUUCCUCACUUCUUGAAGCUUGGUGCCGAGGGACGCCCCUCCUUCCUCGUCACAGUCACCUCCGGUCUGGCCAUUAUUCCUGGACCAUGGGUCCCGAACUACUGCGCUACAAAGGCCGCCCUUCACAGCUUCUCCCUUUCGUUGAGCCUCCAGCUCAAGGAUACUAACAUCAAAGUUAUGGAGGUCUUCCCUCCUCUGGUUGAGUCGGAGCUUCAUGACCACCAAGGCACAACCCCCAAGCUCGCCAAGUUCUGGUUGCCUCUCGACGAGUUCACGAAGCAAGCCAUGGAGGGCCUCAAGCGUGGAGAUGUCGAGAUCCCCGUCGGCUCGGCCCUUGGUCAGUGGAACAAGUUUGAGAAGGGCAAACUCGAGGCUUCGGCUCAGGCGCUUGCAUUGUUGAGCGCGAGUGCCCAGUAA